AAGCGGUGUGAGCUGUCGUCCCGCUCCGGGCGCUGCGGCCCAGCUGUGUGUAAGAAUGGGGGCACCUGUGUGAACCUGCUGGUGGGAGGGUUCAAAUGUGAGUGCCCGUCUGGCGGUUAUGAAAAGCCCUACUGUGAGAUGACCACCAGGAACUUCCCCCUGCAGUCGUUCCUCACCUUCAAGGGACUCCGCCAGCGCUUCCACUUCACCCUCUCCCUCUCGUAAGUACAACAACUACCCCACACAGUGGGGCAUGGUGCCAUCUCAAUCAUUCACUUUCACAGUACAAAGUAGCUCCCUAAAUAUAGUACUAUGAUUCUCUCCUUCUCUCCACCUCUCUCUCGUUCUUCCUCCCAACACUCCACCCUCUCUUUCUCUCUUUUUGUAUGACUCUUCUCUAACAUUACUCUCUCUCUCUCUCUCUCUCUAAAUUAUCCACUUCAAACAUUCCACAACUGCUCUUAUACUCUCACCUCACACCUCUAACGGCCUGUGAUGUAUGAUUCCUCCUCCCCUCUCAUUUACAUAAGAUCCCUGGUGUUUCAUAACAGUUAUUGAAUCAUUUAAUAGCCGUGGUCUUUAAAAGGCUCAUCUUCUCUAGCUGGGUUUGGGUUCCCUGAGCAUGAUGAAUAUGUAUGGAGAGAGAGGUUUCUAAUGUGGACUGAGGAGUUGCUUUUUCUGGACUGGCUCCUUGCAUAACUGAGGACAUUAAUCUGAGACCCAGGAGUCUGAUCUGAUUGCAUUCAGUGGUCACUUUGAGCUGUGAGUCAGCGCUUCUCUCUCUCUCUCUCUCUCUCUCUCCCAUUCUCAUCUCCCCGCUCCCCUCUCUCCUGACCUUCUCCUAUCUCUCCUGCUCAUCUCCUCUCUGCGUCUCUCUCUCUCUCUAUCUCUCUCUCGCUCUCUCUCUCCCUCGCUCUCUCUCCUCCUCUAUCUCUCCUCUCUCUCCUCUCUUCUCUCUCUCUCUCUCUCUCUCUCUCUCUCUCUCUCUCUCUCUCUCUCUCUCUCUCUCUCUCUCUCUCUCUCUCUCUCUCUCAUAUCAAGGUGAAGCUGGAGAUAUGUAACGCACCGUCUGGCGCUAGGGUGCGCGCGUGUGUGAGAUUAACUCCUACACCUAGGGUGCCUUCAUCCUGGUAUGCCUUGAUAUUUUGGGAACGUGUAUUUGCUCUCAAUUUACGACCAUCCAGUUUUACAUCAGCACUAAAUCAUAAUGGUGUCAUUUGUCUGAUACAGUUAGAGCAAGUUGUAUUUCCAGUCCAAGAUCAAAGACUAGUAUCUUGUGCGACGGAGCCAGGGGAGGGUGGUGCUUAAAUUAAACAGAUGAGUAACACUGAACACAGUCGAUCACGGAAGUACGUUCAUGUAAAGGAGACAGGGCUACAUUCAUGUGAAUGAAAUGCGCCAUCCCAAGUGACAAUAAAAGCAGCACAGAGGAUAUAUUAUCCCAUCAUAGGAAAGACAAUACCCCCAGUUGCUAUCACCGUAAAAUUACAUGCCCAUUUUUAUGUACAUUUGUGAUGUGUUGUCACUCUAGAAGUUCUUGGCAGGGCUUGAAACUAGCCAUUAAUGAGUAGUGGUGAUAAUGAUAUGCCUUUGUGAGUUUUCUGGAAGUGGUGGCCUUUUUUUGAAUGUAGCUCAGAUGGCAGUCUUUUGAAUUGAGAACCGCUCCGACCUCUUUCUUAAAAGCCUUGGCCAGUAGUUCCCAGAUUGCUCACAGAGCUGUGAAGUAGGUGGUCUGUAAAGCUGGGGAUAUAACAGCUAACACCCAGCAGGCUGUCUGUCAGGCAUCUCUGUUACCUGAACCUGGCUUGAUCAGGUUAGACUACACUGCAGUAGAGAGAGAGUUAGCAGAGUGUGUUGGAAGUGUGAGCAGAAAGAGUGAGUUGAAAGUGGGUCUGUUACCAGAAACAGCCUUAGCAGCAACAUUUUCACAUUGUUACUAUUCAUGUCAGGUUCUCCUUUUACUGACCAUGUCCAUCUAGAGACUUCCUCAAUGCACAUGUCUUAUACAGUUACAUCAACUUGCCGUUACACCGUGGCCCUCGGCCCUUCCAUACGUUAAUAUGGGUAGACUGGUUGUUAACUUUGCUAAUGGCAGCCUAAUGUGACACAUAAUGUUGCCAGUGGAGUCAGUUAUGGUUGAUUGCGGUCAGUCCGGGGGGAUCUUGAAGCUGUGUGCACAAGCCUUGGAAACCUAUUAAUUGAUGACUAGAAGGCCAAGCCAUACAUGAAAAUAAAUACUAUUUCUAGAUGCUAACAAUUUCUGCUCUUAUAAUCAUAAGACAUAAACAAUACAAUAGAUUUUCUGUUUCAAAUGAAAUUGUAUUCGUCACAUGCUUUGUAAACAACAGGUGUAGACUAACAGUGAAAUGCUUACUUACUUGCCCUUCCCAACAAUACAGAUAGAAUAAUAAUAGAAAAAUAAUAACACUAGGAAUAAAUUCACAAUGAGUAACGAUAACUUGGCUAUAUACACGAGGUACCAGUACCAAGUCGAUGUGCAGGGGAACGAGGUAAUUGAGGUAGAUACUUUUGUGUAUAUAUAUAUAUAUAUAUAUAUAUAUAUAUAUAUAUAUAUAUAUAUGUAUAUGUAUAUGUGUACACUCCUUCAAAUUAGUGCAUUCGGCUAUUUCAGCCACACAUGUUGCUGACAGGUGUAUAAAAUCGAGCACACAGCUAUCUCCAUAGACAUACAUUGGCAGUAGAAUGGACUUACUGAAGAGCUCAGUGACUUUCAACGUGGCACUGUCAUAUGAUGCCACCUUUCCAACAAGUCAGUUCGUCAAAUUUCUGCCCUGCUAGAGCUGCCCCGGUCAACUGUAAGUGCUGUUAUUUUGAAGGGGAAACGUCUAGGAGCAACAACGGCUCAGCCCCAAAGUGAUAGGCCACACAAGCUCACAGAACGGGACCGCCGAGUGCUGAAGCGCAUAGUGCAUAAAGAUCGUCUGUCCUCGGUUGCAACACUCACUACUGAGUUCCAAACUGCCUCUGGAAGCAACGUCAGCACAAGAACUGUUCGUCGGGAGCUUCAUGAAAUGGGUUUCCAUGGCCGAGCAGCGCCACACAAGCCUAAGAUCACCAUGUACAAUGCCAAGCAUCGACUGGAGUGGUGUAACGCUCACCGCCAUUGGACUCUGGAGCAGUGGAAACGCGUUCUCUGGAGUGAUGAAGCACGCUUCACCAUCUGGCAGUCCGACGGAUGAAUCUGGGUUUGGCAGAUAUAGGAAGAAUUCUACCUGCCCGAAUGCAUAGUGCCAACUGCAAAGUUUGGUGGAGGAGGAAUAAUGGUCUGGGGCUGUUUUUCAUGGUUCGGGCUAGGCCCCUUAGUUCCAGUGAAGGGAAAUCUUAACGCUACAGCAUACAAUAACAUUCUCAACGAUUCUGUGCUUCCAACUUUGUGGCAACAGUUUGGAGAAGGCCCUUUCCUGUUUCUGCAUGACAAUGCCCCUGUGCACAAAGCGAGGUCCAUACAGAAAUGGUUUGCCGAGAUCGGUGUGGAAGAACUUGACUGGGCUGCACAGAGCCCUGACCUCAACCCCAUAGAACACCUUAUGUUAUGAAUUAGAACGCCGACUGCAAGCCAGGACUAAUCGCCCAACAUCAGUGCCCGACCUCACUAAUGCUCUUGUGGCCGAAUGGAACAAGUCCCUGCAGCGAUGUUCCAACAUCUAGUGGAAAACCUUCCCAGAGGAGUGGAUGCUGUUAUAGCAGCAAAGGGGGUACCAACUCCAUAUUAAUGCCCAUGAUUUUGGAAUGAGAUGUUCGACAAGCAGGUGUCCACAUACUUUUGGUCAUGUAGUGGAUGUACAUAGGAGUAGGGGUAAAGUGACUAGGCAACAGGAUAGAUAAUAAGCAGUAGCAGCAGCGUAUGUGAUGAGUCAAAAUAGUUACUGCAAAGGGAUGGUCAAUGCAGAUAGUCCAGGUAGCUAUUUGAAUAACUAUUUAGCAGUCUUAAUUGCUUGGGUGUAGAAGCUGUUUACGGUUUUGUUGGUUCCUGACUUGGUGCAUUGGUACUGCUUGCCGUGCGGUAGCAGAGAUAAGGCACUGCAUUGCAGUGCUAGCUGUGCCACUAGAGAUCCUGGUUCGAAUCCAGGCUCUGUCGUAGCCGGCCGCGACCGGGAGACCCAUGGGGCGGCGCACAAUUGGCCCAGCGUUGUCCAGGGUAGGGGAGGGAAUGGCCGGCAGGGAUGUAGCUCAGUUGGUAGAGCAUGGCGUUUGCAACGCCAGGGUUGUCGGUUCGAUUCCCACGGGGGGCCAGUAUAAAAAAAUUAAUAAUCUAUGCACUCACUAACUGCAGCCAGUCAAUAUGUUCUCAAUGGUGCAGCUGUAGAACCUUUUGAGGAUCUGCCAAAUCUUUUCAGCCUCUUGAGGGGGAAGAGGCGUUGUUGGGCCUUCUUCACGACUGUGUUGGUGUGUGUGUGGACCUUGUUAAUUCUUUAGAGAUGUGGACCCUGAGGAACUUGAAGCUCUCGACCCGCUCCACUACAGCCCCGUCGAUAUGGAUGGGAGCGUGCUCGGCCCUCCGUUUACUGUAAUCCACGAUCUGCUCCUUUGUCUGGCUGAUGUUGAGAGAAAGGUUGUUGUCCUGGCACCACACUGCCAGGUUACUGACCACCUCCCUAUAGGCUGCCUCAUCGUCGUUGGUAGUCAGGCCUACCACCGUCGUGUCGUCAGCAAACUUAAUGAUGGUUUUGGAGUCGUGCGUGGCCAUGCAGUCAUGGGUGAACACGAUUUUUCAUAUUCAGUGUUAUUGUAAUCAGCUGGUGCGUGUGUUUUUCCCCUCUUCCCUCUUGUCUGAGGUCAUGAUUAUCAUUCUCCUCAGUAAGCAGUUCAGCUUUGCUGUGCCCCAUGGCUACGCUCCAGCUCCGGAAUAAUGCAUGCAGGCUCACACACUGGCUCACACACUGGCACACACACCCACACAUAGCCUCCCAACAUUUGCGAAUGUGCUCUGAGAGCAUCCUGAGACACUGUAUUUAGAUCUCUGGAAUCUCUCCCUCAUUUAAAAAAGAAAAUCAGUAGGCUUCAUCCGUCUGACACGGUCUCCAUCUGAACAGGCAGAUGCAGACUACAAGCACCAAUGAGUCACACCAGUAACACAAACAGGGCUCUCAGUUCUCCCACAGAUGUUCAGAAUGUUCCAAAUGUAAAACGGAGCAGAUCCACUGUGUGGUCCCCUGGGACAGGAAUGAGCGGAAAAUAUUUUCUGGUUCCAUACUUUUCUGCCAACUUCUGCAUUUGGCCUGGACUGCCUGCAUUAUCAUUAUAUAAGAUAACACAGUGUCACACAUGAUCAUUUUACCUUUGUGGUGAAUCAAAUGAAGACACCUCAGCACUCAGUGACCCAAUGAUUUGAUUUCUUUAUAGAAUUUGUGUCUUUUUUCUUUGCCCUGUGGUCUUUCUGCAGUUGGAACGCGUCAUUCCUUGAAUCCCAGGUUAGACGGGAGCGUUAGUGGCGUCACUUGGCGUGGGCUCUGGAUGGGAGCCAGAGGUGCACUGGCUUGUUUAAAUGUGUCUAACUGUCCAUUAACGUGACAAUAAAAGACAACAACACAAUGACCUCCAGCACUAUAGACUAGUUUUUUUUGUCAUCUCUUCAGAAAUAGUUAUUUACUUGCAGCCUGUUUUUGAUGUUCCUCUUUGAGAAAACAAAUGCAUACCUAUUUUCUGUGAUUGUAUAGUAACUACCUAAUUUCUGCCUAGUAUCUCCUCUGUUAAAAUAUUGCAUCUCCUCAUUGCUACCAACCAUCAUUAUCGUUCUGAGCUUAGUCUAUUAUUUCCAUAUCAUACAGUUAAGGUUGCACAUGUAUUUUUCAAGCUGGAGUUUUGAAAUUGGCCCAGUUUGUCACAUCUUAUCAGAACGUCUUUUCAUCUCACUCUGUGUGUAGUCCAUAGAAAUAGAAUGAAUAGAACGGGCUUGGAACCUCUAACCGUGGCAAUUUGACUGGUAAACUCAUGGAUACACUCACAAUGGCUGCCUGGUAUUGUGAUGCAAUCAUUUCCAUGGUAAUGCAAUGGAAUGUAUUUUUUGUAACAUCAGUUGAGUUGAUUCAACAAAUCAAAACACAGAUUGAUGGGUACACUUCCUGCUUUUACUUCCUACUUCCUAUGGGUACACUCAAAAUGGCUGCCAGUUCACCCAUUAUGACAUAAUUUACUUGAAUGGGGAUGCCCGUUCUAUUCAUUCUAUUUCUGUGGUGUAGUCACUAUCCAUGGCAUGCAGUCUGAGUUUAUGGACUGUAUCAUGCUCCAUGCCUUCACUGCAGAUAUUAUAUUGUUUUGUAGUGCUUUUCUCCGUCUCUGUCAGAGAAUGGUGCUCAUGGUGGUUAACCCUGUUGGGUGCUCAGUGAUCUGUGGAAAAUUGCAGCAUUGUUACAUUUCACCCUUUGCUCCUCAAUGGUGAAUCACUAGGGACAGUGCAUCAAUAUGCCCUCAUAGUAACCUAAUAGGAAAGGAAAACCGUUGUUUUCUGGUGCAUUCAUAAUCUGUGUCCUCUGCUGUAAUAGGGCAUGUCAGUCAGUAUAUUGUCUGUCUGUCUUUCUUGUGGCAAGGGCACUGGAUGGGGUUCUAGACAUGGGUAUGAGAAGGCUACACAUACUAUUGAUACAGAACCAUUUAGACAUGUUUUUGAGCACUGAAUGUUCAAUGUGGAAGUUGAAAAUGCAUUUAUUGCAGCAAUGAUUAGUUAUAGUUACAGAAUUAUACUGCCAGGAAUGCAUCUUCUAGUAGUCUUCCCCCCCACAAAGACCUCUCCUCAGUGAACAUUAUGUUGUUUACUCUUUCUUAUUGUCUUUGGCUGUUAAGAAACUAUAGACCCUGUUUUUUUCUAUCUUCCAGAUUUGCCACAAAGGAGCCAAAUGGUUUACUACUCUACAAUGGCCGCUUCAACGAGAAGCAUGACUUCAUCGCUGUGGAAAUCAUCAGUGAGCAGAUCCAGCUCACCUUCUCUGCAGGUAGGAGGGGCUUCUGUUAGUGCACGUCAGCCAAUUAACCCCAAAUCUAGAUUUGGUUGUCAUUAAAAUAUUCAAAUGUGAUCGUGACAAGUGUUGACACUGUAGCCCUGAUCCAAUGAUGUGUGAAUAACCUUUGCUUACUGUUUCCUUUUUUUAGGUGAGACCAAGACGACUGUGUCGCCCUACAUCCUUGGAGGUGUCAGUGAUGGCCAGUGGCAUGUGGUCCAAGUUCACUACUACAACAAGGUACGUCGGGGGAAACCUGGGCUAGGCCUUGUGGUCCUAUAAAGUGUAGACUGGUUCAACACUAGACAAAACACAGAUUUGCUGGGUCUGGGUUGGGAUAUAACUUUGGUCAGACUAGGCUACUAUUAUACUAUCCAGGUCUGUGCCCAAACAGUUUGAGCUUCUACUUCUAAAAAUCCACCUUUCCAGCAAUAAGUCUCUCACUGUUGCCGCUUACUACAGACCCCCUCAGCCCCGAGCUGUGCCCUGGACACCAUAUGUGAACUGAUUGCCCCCCAUCUAUCCUCAGAGUUCGUACUGCUUGGUGACCUAAAACUGGGAUAUGCUUAACACCCCGGCCAACCUACAAUCUAAACUAGAUGCCCUCAAUCUCACACAAAUUAUCAACGAACCUACCAGGUACAACCCAAAAUCUGUAAACAUGGGCACCCUCAUAGAUAUCAUACUGACAAAUUUACCCUCUAAAUACACCUCCGCAGUCUUCAACCAGGAUCUCAGCGAUCACUGCCUUAUUGCCUGUGUCCGUAAUGGGUCCCCUCAUCACUGUCAAACGCUCCCUAAAACACUUUAGCGAGCAGGCCUUUCUAAUUGACCUGGCCCGGGUAUCCUGGAUGGAUAUUGACCUCAAUCCGUCAGUAGAGGAUGCCUGGUUGUUCUUUAAAAGUGCUUUCCACUCAAUCUUAAAUAAGCAUGCCACAUUAAAGAAAUACUGCGCAGUCGUCUUCAUCGACCUGGCCAAGGCUUUCGACUCUGUCAACCACAGCAUUCUUAUUGUCAGACUAAAUAGCCUUGGUUUCUCAAAUGACUGCCUCGCCUGGUUCACCAACUACUUCUCAGAUAGAGUUCAAUUUGUCAAAUCGGAGGGUCUGUUGUCUGGACCUCUGGCAGUCUCUAUGGGGGUGCCACAGGGUUCAAUUCUCGGGCCGACUCUAUUCGCUGUGUAUAUCAAUGAUGUCGCUCUUGCUGCUGGUGACGCUCGGAUCCACCUCCUAUGCGGACGAAACCAUUUUGUAUACAUCUGGCCCUUCAUUGGACACUGUGUUAACAAACCUCCAAACAAGCUUCAACGCCAUACAACACUCCUUCCGUAGCCUCCAACUGCUCUUAAACACUAGUAAAACUAAAUGCAUGCUCUUCAACCGAACGCUGCUUGCACCCGCCCACCCGACUAGAAUCACUACUCUCGGCGGGUCUGACCUAGAGUAUGUGGACAACUACAAAUAUCUAGGUGUCUGGUUAGACUGUAAACUCUCCUUCCAGACUCACAUUAAGCAUCUCCAAUCAAAAGUUAUAUCUAGAAUCGGCUUCCUAUUUCGCAACAAAGCCUCCUUCACUCAUGCUGCCAAACAUGCCCUCGUAAAACGGACUAUCCUACCGAUCCUUGACUUCGGCGAUGUAAUUUACAAAAUAGCUUCCAACACUCUACUCAGCAAAUUGGAUGUAGUCUAUCACAGUGCCAUCCGUUUUGUCACCAAAGCCCCAUAUACUACCCACCAUUGUGACCUGUACGGUCUUGUUGGCUGGCCCUCACUACAUAUUCGUCGCCAAACCCACUGGCUCCAGGUCAUCUAUAAAUCACUGCUAGGCAAAUCCCCAUCUUAUCUUAGCUCACUGGUCACCAUAGCAACACCCACCCGUAGCUCCAGCAGGUAUAUGUCACUGGUCAUCCCCAAAGCCAACACCUCCUUUGGCCGCCAUUCCUUCCAGUUCUCUGCUGCCAAUGACUGGAACGAACUGCAAAAAUCUCUGAAGCUGGAGACUCUUAUCUCCCUCACUAACUUUAGGCGUCAGUUGUCAGAGCAGCUUACCGAUCACUGCACCUGUACACAGCCCAUCUGUAAUUAGCCCACCCAACUACAUACACAAAAAAAUGUAUGCACGCAUGACUGUAAGUCGCUUUGGAUAAAAGCGUCUGCUAAAUGGCAUAUUAUAUUAUAUUAUUACCUCAUCCCCAUAUUGUUAUUUAUUUUGCUAAUUUGCACCCCAGUAUCUCUAUUUGCACAUCAUCUUUUGCACAUCUAUCAUUCCAGUGUUAAUACGAAAUUGUAACUAUUUUGCACUAUGGCCUAUUUAUUGCCUUACCUCCAUAAUUUACUACACAUUCCUACACACACUGUAUGUAUAUUUUCUGUUGUAUUUUUGACUUUAUGUUUUGUUUACCCCAUAUGUAACUCUGUGUUGUUGUUUUUAUCGCACUGCUUUGCUUUAUCUUGGCCAGGUCGCAGUUGUAAAUGAGAACUUGUUCUCAACUGGCUUACCUGGUUAAAUAAAGGUGAAAUAAAAAAAUACAAUAAAAAAGGCCCACUAGAGACUUGGCUUUAUCAGACCUCACUCUGAAGCACUGAGCAGGAGUACUAAGAGCAGUUAAUUUCCAACAUCAGUACAGUACAUGCCUAAACUGAAUUAUGUUUGUCUUUUACCACAGACUUGAAUUAUGAGACGUCAAAAUACAAGACAUAUUUUCGUAACAUGUUUGGCCUGCAAUUGACUUGCAUACCGGUAAUUGGGCUCCCGAGUGGCGCAGCGGUCUAAGGCACUGCAUCUUAGUGCUUGAGGCGUCACUACAGACCCCCUGGUUCGAUUCCAGGCUGUAUCACAACCGGCCAUGGUUGGGAGUCCCAUAGGGUGGCGCACAAUUGGCCCAGUGUCGUCCGGGUUUGGCCGGUGUAGGCCGUCAUUGUAAAUUCUACAUUUACAUUUUAGUCAUUUAGCAGACGCUAUUAUCCAGAGCGACUUACAGGAGCAAUUAGGGUUAAGUGCUUUGCUCAAGGGCACAUCGACAGAUUUUUCACCUAGUCGGCUCGGGGAUUAGAACCAGCGACCUUUCGGUUACUGGCACAACGCUCUUAACCACUAAGCUACCUGCCGCCCUAAAUAAGAUUUUGUUCUUAACUGACUUGCCUAGUUAAAUAAAGGUACAAAAAAUUUUUUUAUUUAUGGAUGUUAUGUAGUGUUGGUAGAUAUUGAUAUAGAUUUAUACACUGUACUUCGUGUCCUGAUGACUUAUCCAUUUUUACUAGACCAGCUGUACUUCAUCAAGUGUCUGACAGUGACUGUCUAUAGAGUGAUGAGGGUAAUGAUUAUAGCUGGACCACACUGGGAGAAGAAUACCCACAGUCCUCUGUGGACGUUUUCACUUUGCUGCUUCCUGUCAGAACUGCUGCUGUGUCAUUCCAGAGAACCGUUGAUGGGACAGUGGAAUGGGCAGUGUGCCAGACACACAGGAGGAAUGAGAGAGAGAGAGAAACAGAGGGAGAGGGGGAUGAGACAGACGGAUAAAGAGCGGGAGAGACACUAGAAAAGGGUGGGAGGAAUGUUUUCACAGCUAUGCUCAGAGUAUAUAUUUGAGAAAAUAGAACUCACCAUACAAACGAGAUAUUUUUCCCUGACGACGGCUUCACAACUUUUUUAUUUCCAUAUCAAUCAGUGAAGAAUGUAUGGAACUAUAACCCACUACCCCUCCUCCCUUAUCCCCAUCCUUUUCAGCCGUCCCCCCCAGACCAACACACAGGAUGUUACAUUUUGGUCUAUUCAGGAAGUCACUUUGCAUCAUAAAGCUGUUGCCAGGCAACCCUCUCCUAGUGUGGAUAUUCUAUUCAUGGUCUAUAAUAACAGGGCCAUGUCAGAUUCAGCCAGCAGAAUGUGAGGGAACACAACAUCUCGUGUGCCAUUGGAGGAAAAGUAUUUGGUUCCCCUCAAAGCGGGGACAUUAUUAUUUCAUUAAUCACUUUGUUACAAUCCAACAAGUCCAAUGAAAGUCUCCAUCGCUUGUUUUAUUGUGACCUAGUAGUUUUUGGAUUAAACAGACAAUGACAGUCUCCAGUGACCUACAGAAGUGCUUCCUCUUGAGUGCCCACUGCUCACACUGUAAUGCCUUUGAUGAGCUGUUUUCUUUUCUAUCACAUUUUACCAGCUAGUUUCCUACUUAUCUUUAGCACAAUACAAACAUGAACUCAAUAAUGGAACAACCAUAAUGUUAAGCAGAGGCACAGACCAAUGGAAGGGACAUAUUCCUAGAAAACUGCCCAGAGUUUUGGUUGAACUAAUCCCCCCCAAUCAAAAUCCGCAGCCGCUGAAGCAGCAUUGGGCUCAUUGUUCCAGAACCAGUGAGUCAUAGAGGUAGAGUGAUGGCUCCUCCCCUCUGAGGUAUCUAAUGCCGGCCGGGCCUGUCCCUGUCUGCGCGGGGUGAGUGGGAUGAGGUGGGGGCAUUUUAGAUUGAAAUGUGCCUUUUCAGGGGAGAGGGGGAGUGUGGAGAAUGGCAAUGACCGCUGCCUUUGUGCUGGGCUCGGCCUCCAAUGGGACCAUGGGCAGUGAAUGAUGCGGCCCCGGGGAAGGUGCCCCACUCUCUGUUCACCAGCAAGGAGAGAAAAACAGGGCGGGAGAGGAGCGAAAGGAGGGAAAAGAAAGGCGAGAAAAGUAUUGACUUGGGCUUUGAGCGGGGAACUGCGCUUCAGGGCUAACCUCUCUGGUUGCUAUGGUGUUUCCAGUCAGACCUAAUAUUACUAUUGUUUGCUCCCAUGCUCCUCCUGUCCAUCCCUGUCAUUGUGGAUAACAAUGAACUCAUAUUCCCAUGUCACCCCGCUUGUAAUGAGGGGAACAGUGUUUAAUGUAGUCCUGAGUAAAUAUGCUCUCCAAUCAGCUCUGACAGGCCGGGGCUUUGUGUAGCAGACAGAGCAGCUGACAGACAUUAGCAGAGAGUCAUUAUAGCAGAGUCAACAGCCAUGACUGAUGGGAGCGAUGGCCCAAUGCGUAGGUCAGUGAACGAACCAGCAAAUCUGGACCAGUCUGUUCCGGACCUUUCUCAACUGAGGGGAACCGUGGAAAAGAGCGUGUCGGGUGAUUUGGUUUGUGACCAUUCUAACAGACCAUCUCACACUCCAGGUUUGUUUGUCCCAACAAAUUAGUUUCCCACUGCCUCACAAUGGGUCAACUAAAGGAUGAAGACCUUUUGGUCAACAAUUUGUGAAUGGAAGGUUUAGAGGUUCUUUCUACCUUUCUAGUAGCCGGUUUGUUGUGAAUAAUAAUCUGCACGUAUUUCAGACUCAAAUCAGCAAAGCAAAUAAUCCUAUUUGCCAGUUAUUAGAUAUGAUAAUAAGGUCAACCUCUAAUGCCUAAUGGGAGACAUAUGAGGUGUUUAAAGAGGAUGGCUAAUAUUUGAUCAGUGCAGUGGAACAAUGUAAUUAAGUCUCCAUCCUCUCAGAGGCAGACGACCGUGAUCACAAGACCCACAAUGAGCUCCUCCAGUAUUCAGCUCCUCACAGACAGCCCCUCAAUGGGACAGCUGUAUUAAUAGCACGCUGCACGCACAGAUAUAAUCUAAUCUACUCACUGGAUAGGAUACAGGGUUGGAAUGAGAACCAUGUGAGGGAGAUGUUCUGUGUCUGCAGUGCUCUCGAGAAAUGGGAUGGGACUCUGUUAUGACCUACAAUAUUACAGCUGGCUAGAUGCGUUAUGCCAGCAGUGUCUGUGUGUGUAAGGUCCACCUAUACUCCAUUUGUCUGGUCUGUAUUCUUAGCCCCAUUUGAUUAAAGGGCUCAGACAGUUAUUAUGGCUCUGCAGGGAUAUGUAGACAAAUCAUAAGUGUAACUUAUGUUAAUUGUUAUCUUAUGCUAUGAAUAAAAUUAGCUAAUUAACUUUUUGUUAAGAUUUUUUUUUUUUAAAUAUCACAAUCACAUGCAUUCCUCAGCUCUCAACAAUCAGGCCACCCAGGACAGAGCAUCAUCAUAUCCUCCUUGUAUCCCACGCUAGUGCUGUGCGAUUAGUGUUACAGAGGAUAGUGCUACAGAGGGUAGUACGUACGGCCCAGUACAUCACUGGGGCCAAGCUUCCUGCCAUCCAGGACCUCUAUACCAGGCGGUGUCAGAGGAAGGCCCUAAAAAUUGUCAGACUCCAGCCACCCUAGUCAUACUGUUCUCUCUGCUACCGCACGGCAAGCGGUACCGGAGCGCCAAGUCUAGGUCCAAAAGGCUUCUUAACAGCUUCUACCCCCAAGCCAUAAGUCUCCUGAACAGCUAAUCAUGGCUACCCGGACUAUUUGCACUGCUCCCCCCACACCUCUUUUACGCUGCUGCUACUCUGUUUAUUAUCUAUGCAUAGUCACUUUAAUAACUCUACCUACAUGUACAUAUUACCUCAAUUACCUUGACUAGCCGGUGCCCCAGCACAUUGACUCUGUACCGGUACCCCCUGUAUAUAGCCUCCCUACUGUUAUUUUAUUUUACUGCUGCUCUUUAGUUAUUUGCUUAAUUUUUUUUAUUUUUUAUUUAUUUAAAAAACGGCAUUGUUGGUUAAGGGCUUGUAAGUAAGCAUUUCACUGUAAUGUCUACACCUGUUGUAUUCGGUGCAUGUGGCAAAUAAAAUUUUAUUUGAUAUUUGAGGUUGGUUUGAUUUAGGUUUCGAUAAAAUAAAUUAACAUUAAAAUGUGGGUUGAAUGCUGUAACAACACAGAAUAAAACAAUUAAAAGUCCCAUGAUGGUAGUGACUGUCCAUUACUGCUUAUCAUUGAUUAUCAUUUAUUCACAUUACUUUACUUAAAUAAAAUAUUUCAGUUGAUGACUUAUUAGGCUAUUUCAUUCCAAGUUAUCAUCUCAUCUCUAUAGAGCUGCUGCCUAUGCUGUCUGACAAAAUCACUAUUUUAGUAGUUCUUCAUAGUAAAUAAGGCAAACCAUCUCAAUCGCACGUUCUUCCAUCUCUUCUCUCCCUCUGUGUCUGAUCCACAUAGAGAGGACAUGUAGGCGGUUUUCUGCACUAAACUAUGUAGAAUAUUGGCCUGUUGGAAACUACAACUCCCUUCUACAUCACACAGUUCAGGCUUGAUCUGAUUUCUCUCUAAAGAAACUGUGCUUUGAGCUCACAGAAAAAAUGUAAUGGAAUUCAAAUAAUUGAACCGAUGUUGGUCAAUUAGUUGUUUAAAAAACAAAAAAGAACCGACAUUUCAUUUAAUCACUCAGCACUAGACCACACUGCACAUGGAGACUAUUCCUAUUUGCUCUGUCCAUAGUUCAGUGCCCAGGCCUGGUCAGUUAACAGUGGGAGGGUGGUCAGUGGUGGUUACCCCUCUCAUUACAGUGCUGCUAGCCUAGCCACUGCUGACACAAGCUCUAACCGGGCUGACGGUCAAUAUGAGCUCUGUGUGACCUCUGGGGAAACGCUUGUGUUUGAAAAGAGGUUGUAACCUUUAUUGACGGGAUCGUUAUUCUCCCCUCCUCCUCUUGUUUCUCCCUCCAUUGAUUCCUCACACAAUGAAAGAGAUCCUUUAUGCUGAAGAAGACCAUCACUGUCCUGUUGAGCAGGGCUUUUCUGCCGUGUGUGUGUGCGUCUGUGCCCCUUGUGCUUUUGGUUAUGUGUCAGCCUUUGACUUGAAUCAUGCCUGUUUGGCUUUAAGUUAUUGAAGCACUGAAAACAUUGAGAUAAAUUGGGGUGAUGUUCAAGAAUACUGUAGGGCUGAACAUGAAAGCUAAUGGCUGAAUAUUUCUUCAGAAUUGACUCAAACUUUUUAUUAGGAUUGUUAAAGCUUCUUAAAUUGUUGGGAUGUGUGAAAUUGUUUCAAGUCUUUUGUUGUUAAUUGAAGCACUUGAUUUAAGAUCCUUAUCUCUAGGGUGAAUGUUUCAAUGACUAAGUAGAUGGUGAGCGGUUUUUAUUUUUUAUGCUAGUUUUUACGCUUAGUAUUUUGCAUUCGAAAUAGAAGUGUGAUUACCAGGUUUUUGACACCUUGUUAGACAGAUUUGGUUAUGAUCACACUUAUAUACUGAGAUGUGUGGCACAACUUCAUGUGUAAUAAGCUACCCACACACAGACAAGCAAUCUAUUUAUGUGCUGAGCAACCAAAAAUGCUUGACAGUGACACACACAAACAAUAAAAUGGAUAUUCGGAGACAAAAAUAAACUUCCACACAUUUACUUCCAUUUCUUUUCUUGAAUGUUGUCUUUUGUAACUUGAAGAAGAAACCUUGAGUCUCAGCAUAUUUUUUGCAUCAAGCAGUCCUUGAGAUGUACCUGUGAUUUUAUUUUCAAAGAAUCCUCUGAACAGUCCCAGAAGGCUCAUUAUAGCCUCUCAAUCUAUCUAGCCAUCCAUAACCAAACACUACAUACUGUAUAUAUGUCCACCUUCUUCCCAAACAGUAUUGCCUAUUUAGGAAGGAAUAGCAUAACUUAUAAAUGCUGUUCUGUUUAGAAAGUCCUAUCACCCAUGUGCUGCUAUUUACAGUAGUCUGUCAGGUGAUUCCCCCCCCCCCCCCCCCCCCCCCAUCUGUUGUAGGUGUUCUGUCCAUAACACUGGAGCCAAACUCAACAACUCCUCUUCUCUCCUCACAGCCAAUCCUAAACCAGGCCGGCAUGCCCCAGGGUCCCUCUGACCAGAAGGUCGUCGUAGUAACCGUGGACAACUGUGACACCUCAGUGGCACUGCGAUUUGGUCAUGUAAUUGGGAACUACACCUGCUCUGCCCAGGGCAGCCAAUCAGGAUCCAAAAAGUAAGGGAAUGGGAGGGGCUUACUGGUAUUUCAUUGUGCACUGUUAUUGGCCAACAAUUGCAAUUAUAGUAGAGUUGAGUAAAUGCAUAAUUAGCCUUUUGAAGCCAUUAAUUCAGUUUUAGCAUUUUGUCACAAGCUGAACUUACCCUCUUGAUCUAUUGUACUAUUGUCGAAAUCCCAAUUGGCUUUCCUGAGCAAAACAGGGCUCUCAUUAUGGUACAGAUUAUACUUUUUUAAACUAAAGUCUGUCACGUCCAGCUUGUAAACCAUCGUAAACAUAUUUUAGUUCAGUGGGGUGUAUCUGUUUUCCUCCCUGGGAAAAAAACAAGCUGCAAAAUGUGACACUGAUAAAUAUUUCAUAAACGCCAUUCCAGUGGGUUGUGUUGUGGUAUAGAAGCAGAGCUCAGUGUUUAUAAUGUGUUGUGGUAUAGAAGCAGAGCUCAGUGACAGAUUCUAAAUGUGCCUGACUGUCCUGUCUUUCUGCUGUAGAUCUCUGGAUCUGACUGGUCCUCUCCUCCUGGGGGGCGUGCCCAAACUGCCUGAGGACUUCCCCAUCCAGAACCGCCAGUUUGUGGGCUGCAUGAAGGACCUGAAGAUCGACAACCGCCACAUCGACAUGGCUAGCUUCAUCGCUAACAACGGCACGCUACCAGGUUAGUAACCUUACACAUUGCCAUUUGACUGAACUAUUCUGCGACCGUUUUAUAGCCAUCCUCCCUACCCUACUGUCUUAGUUGAGCCCAGUAUGAGAUAUGUUGGGGAAGUAAAUGUACCUUAAGUUUUACCUGAUGUAUGAAUAAUUUAUUACCUCUUAGCAUAAUGAGGUUGGCUUGAACUGUUCCUCAGAUGUCUUUAACUUCCCAGGAUGCUCUGCUAAAAGGCACUUCUGCAUCAACAACCCAUGUCUGAACGGAGGGACCUGCGUCAACCUGUGGGGCUCCUUCAGCUGUGACUGCCCCCUAGGAUUUGGAGGCCGGAACUGCGAGAAGGGUAAGUGAAGUUCAGUGAAGUAACGGCAUUGCAGGAGGUUGGAAAGCUUCCUCAAAUGGUUAAAACAUGAGAUCGAAGCUAACCAGGUUUUGUUGUCCCAUGACCUACCAUUAUAGGCCCUUUUAGUAAAGAGGUACAAGGACUUUACAGGCGUGCAUUAAGAGUAGACUACUAAGUGACCCAUCAGACAGACAGACAUCCCCCAGCUCUCCUGACCUACACUUAACUAGGGUCUUUGUAGUUGAUGGACUGUACUAUAACUCAACAACCAAGUGGUUACAGUGACACUGGCCAUUUAAUUUGCUUCUUAGUGCUGCAGUGUUAAAAGAGCUUCUGCUAUAUUGUAUUUUCUUAUCAUUUUGAAACAUGCCUUUUUGAGUGUACAGUGUAAAUGUAGUGGGGAAACAUUUGCAUAGACACCAUGCAGAGGAGAUUGCUCAGGGUGAUGCUUAGAGGGAAUUGGCAGGGCUUUAAAAAGCUGAAGUAGGCUCUUCAAUCAGCAGAGUGUUGAAAUAUGUCCUCAUCAUUUUAGCACUCUUUCCUGGCACAGAUAAAGCCAGUCAUCAUUUAUUUGCUGACAUGAUGGUUUCAAAAGCAUAACGUUACCUGUUGUGCACUGUAUUUUAUUUGUUGUGUUUCCUGUUUGGACCCAGGAGGAGUAGCCGCUGCCUCGGCAGCAGCUAAUUGGGGAUCCUAAUAAAUACUAAUACUGAGUAUUGCUGUUUUAUGCCAGACAUUACACAAGGGUUUGUGAGGGUCCCAUAUGUGUAUACAAUAUGACAUAUGCGAUGUGAUAUGCCAUAGGCGUUUAUGAAUCUGUCAUGAGGGAUCAUGUCACAUUUAAUAGAGCUAUAUUUUUAAACAUGUUCUCUGGAAUAACACCUUGGACAUGUUUACGGUAAAGUAUUUAGUUUUUCAGUUUGAGAGAGGCAUGUGUGUGUUAGAGCAUUACUAGUGUCCAUUUCUCUUCUCAGCUCUUCUGUGCUCUGCAGUUGUUUGACUUGCUGAUUUACAUGCUGGGAUGGCUUGAAGAGAGAGAGAUGGAGAUGGGAGGGAGACGGGAGGGAGAGAGGGGGAAAAGGCCCCAUGGGAGGGAGAAGAGAAAAGGGGAUACUACUCAAUAAAUGGUAAAUUACACAAAAGCAUCCCUGUUGUAGUUUAGAGUGAAAUCCAGUGAUAAAGGACCACUUCUUUCUCACAGUUAAGGGGAGACUGAGGAUGGAUGAUGAACGGGGGAUGGGAGAAGGGUUAAUCUCCCUCUCUGAGGCAGAUGAACCCAUGUGACUCCUUCAUCUCAAGAAGAGAGGGAGAGCGGAAGGGAAAGAGGAAAACAUAGUGUAGUCUAAUACUGUGCUACUGAUCUUUAAUCUAGAUAGUGGGUGUCGGUGGCAUGAAUGUUCAUGUUCUACCAAGACCAUUAACUAUUCAACAAAGGUCACUAUAAAAAUAUUGCUGUUAAACUUACAGUAUGUCAUAGGAUCGGACAUCAGGGGUUAGAGAGGGUAUAACAGCUAGUAACCAUGGAGAAAAUCCCCAGCAUCUCACUUGUUCACUACUGACUCUGGAUGGACAAGGGUAUGGGGGAUAAAAAACUUUCAUUGUCAAUCCCAUGAGUAUGCCUACCUUUUUAUAUGGACCCUGUUCAGACCAAACACACUGCAAAUAGAAACUAAGUGUACAAAACAUUAUGAACACCUGCUCUUUCCAUGACAGACUGACCAGGUGAAUCCAGGUAAAAGCUAUGAUCCCUUAUUGAUGCAAUUAUUAUUAUUUUUAUUUUUUUUGUCAUUUAGCAGACGCUCUUAUCCAGAGCGACUUACAGGAGCAAUUAGGGUUAAGUGCCUUGCUCAAGGGCACAUUGACCGAUUUUUCACCUAGUCGGCUCGGGGAUUAGAACCAGCGACCUUUCGGUUACUGGCACACCGCUCUUAACCACUAAGCUACCUGCCGCCACUUCAAUCAGUGUAGAUGAAGGGGAGGAGACAGGUUACAUUUGUUUUUUUCAACCUUGAGAUAAUUGAGACAUGGAUUGUGUAUGUGUGCCAUUCAGAGGGUGAAUGGGCAAGACAAAAUAUUUAAGUGCCUUUAAAAGGGGUAUGGUAGUAGGUGCCAGGCGCACCGGUUUGUGUCAAGAACUGAAACGCUGACACAACUGUGGAAAGCAUUGCACUCAACAUGGGCCAGCAUCCCUGUGGAACGCUUUCGACACCUUGUAGAGUCCAUGCCCCGACGAAUUGAGGCUGUUCUGAGGGCAAAAGGGGGGUGUGCAACUCAAUAUUAGGAAGGUGUGCUUAAUGUUUUGUACACUCAGUGUAUCAACCUCUUCAUGAGAUUCAGUUGACAAUUUUUUUGUAGCGUUAGACCAGUGCCAGACUGCACCACAGCCACUAUCCCCUGGGUCCUCUGUUUCUCUUUUUCUCUCCCUCUCUCUUUCUCCCUCACUCUCUCUCUAGUUCCAAUGACAGGCUUGAUUUGUGUCAUUAAUUAUGCAUUAUGCAUCUCUGCCACAGUGUAAUGAGAGAGAGAAAAAACAUGUCUAACACCCAGCUAAAAGUGUCACUAGUGCCUCUCUGCCAGAAUGCCUGUCUUCAGAAUGCACAGACUGCAUGUCGAAUACACAGACACAUACAUGUGAAUACACACCACACCCCUGAGCGUUGUCUAGCCUAGUACUAGUGAAUAGGGGUAGGGGGCAUGUUGAAGCCUCUCUGGUAUUUGGCUCUGUCUAUGAACAGUAUUUAUUCAGGGGGUAUCUAGUUUCAAAUUGCCACACAUACUAUUUUAUACCCACAUAGCGAGUGCCAAGGCUUUCAUUCCAUUGACGUCUUAAAGAGUUUUUCCGUAAGGUUAGAUGUAACGUAUAGUCCUGCUGUCUUUGUCUGCCGCUUAUUUUUUCCUGUAGUCGUCAUAGAUUGUCUAUAGUCCCCUGACCAGUAAUUGGAGCUGGGUUGUUCAGACUUGAUCACAGAACAUAUUACUGUGAGAGUGUUAAUGACUCACUGUCACAUGUCACCUACUGUUUGUUAGCAGCCAUUUCCUCGUUCUCUCUCUCUCUCUCUCUCUCUCCUCUCUCUCUCUCUCCUCUCUCUCCUCUCUCUCUCUCCUCUCUCUCUCUCUCCUCUCUCUCUCUCCUCUCCUCCUCUCUCUCUCUCCCUCUCUCUCUCUCUCUCUCUCUCUCCUCUCUCUCAGCUUCUCUCUCUCUCUUUCCAUUUAUAUCUCUCUCUUUCUCACACUUCCCGCUCUCUCCUUACUUUCCUCUCUCCCUCUCUUUCUAUCUGCCUCCCUCAUCCCCCUCUCUCUGGUUGUGUGUGUUGCAGUGAUGGCCAACCCGCAGCGUUUCCUGGGUAACAGCCUAUUGCAGUGGACUAACCUGGUGGCAGUGGUCACUGUGCCGUGGCACGUGGAGCUCAUGUUCCGCACGCGCCAGCCUAGUGCCACCCUGCUGCACCUCACCGCCGGACAGCACCACAACCUCACCCUACAGGUACAGAGAAAACACACUCUCACUCCACCUCAUCCUCAUCCUACAGGUACAGAGAAAACACACUCUCACUCCACACAACCUCAUCCUACAGGUACAGAGAAAACACACUCUCACACCACACAACCUCAUCCUACAGGUACAGAGAAAACACACUCUCGCUCCACACAACCUCAUCCUACAGGUACAGAGAAAACACACUCUCACUCCACACAACCUCAUCCUACAGGUACAGAGAAAACACACUCUCACUCCACACAACCUCAUCCUACAGGUACAGAGAAAACACACUCUCACUCCACACAACCUCAUCCUACAGGUACAGAGAAAACACACUCUCACUCCACACAGAGAAAACACACUCACUCCACACAACCUCAUCCUACAGGUACAGAGAAAACACACUCUCACUCCACACAGAGAAAACACACUCACUCCACACAACCUCACCCUACACAGUCUUACCCACACUCAAUCUGGCAUAUUCACACACCUUCAAUAGCAUUACCCAACAAUACGGAGCAGCACUGCAAAUACACCUCACAGGUGCAAAGGUGUUUACUACAGGCCACUGUAGGCCACAUCAUAUGUCAUUACGCACAGUAUCAUACAUAUUAUACAGGAUUUGAUCCCUUCUGAAGCAAAGAUAUGGCCAAACAUAGCCAAUAGUUUUGAUAGGAAUUCCUUUUGCUUAUUUCGCAUCAGAUUAUGCAUGUGUUUCCCCCCUCAGUAUAGUGUUGGAAUAGAUUAGUGCAUUGUAGCAUGUAACUCCAGCAUGACUCCAACAGCUCACAGAGUGACCAUGGGUUAGUUGACGUAAAGCUCCACCUGUUGGCUGUCUGGGCAGCAGCAUGACUUUAAAUAUUUGAUGAUGUUGAGAUGAAGCCUGCCAACUAACAAACGCCUCAUCCCGAGAUAUGAGAGCUGCCAUUUCCAGGCCUUUCAGAGAGCAGCUGUUUGUCUAGACAGGUGCCUAUUUUGAAGUUGUAUAACAGUCCAGCAGCUAUAAAAAAAAUAAACAGGGCUAUUUUUAUAGCUACUGUAUUACCAUAGAUGAUCUGAUAUGGAUGAGGAGAAGAAACGCUCUGUCUCCGUGAGCAUGUGAUGUAUGCAUACUAAAGAAGGUAUUUCGCUCUCUCUCCUGCCCUCCCUCUCUCUUCCCAUCCCGUCCCUCUCUCUUCCCAUCCCCCUCUCUCUCCCAUCCUUUGCCCCACGUCUCUCAUUCUAUCCCAUCCUCUCCCACAUAUCUCUCUAUCCUAUCGUCUCCCGACCCUCUCUCUCUCCCUCCCCUAGCUGCGCGGUGGCAGUGUGGUGAUGGGCCUGCAGAGGGGCGAGGACUCCACCCUGUCUCAGGUAGAGGAGGUGACAGUGAAUGACGGGGACUGGCACCAUCUGCAGCUGGAGCUGAAAGAUGUCCCGGGGGGCGCGCCCCGCCACAAGGCUGUGCUCUCCUUUGAUCAUGGCCUCUAUACGGUGAGACACUGUUAGAAGACAGACUGUAGGUUUGGUAUUUUAAUUACAUUGAAAUAUGCAUGUAUACAGGGCAGUUAUAAUAUAGUGUUAUCUACUUAGGCCAGUAUGUAGACAGCCAGUGUAUAUGAAUGUAUCUAAUGUGUGUGAUCUGAUCUACCAAUCCAGGCCAGCAUGGAGGUGGAUACUAAGCUGAAAGGGGCGAAGGUCAAGACUCUGAGUGUCGGGGGCAUCACUGGGGCUGAUGGGAAAAUACAGCAUGGCUUCCGCGGCUGUAUGCAGGUCAGUUCACCUCUUGUCACACACACACGCACGCACACACAGACAACACACACACAUACUGUAUUAUAUGUCCAUGUGUCUGAGUGUGUUCUCCCUACUGUGUGUUCCUCAGGGUCUGCGUAUGGGGGAGACCUCCAGCUCGGUGUCUCUCAGCCUGUCUCAGGCCAGGAGGGUGAACAUGGAGCAGGGCUGCAGCGUACCAGACCCCUGUGUCUCUAACCCCUGCCCCUCCAACAGCUACUGCAGCGAUGACUGGGACAGCCACUCCUGCACCUGCCUCACCGGUCAGUCUGCCAACCACUAUCAUCAUCGUUAUCUUCAUCAUCCUCAUCAUUAGAUUUUACAACCAUAUUAUUUAAGCAAUAAUGCCAGAGGAGGUGCCUUAUUGCUAUUAUAAACUGGUUACCAACGUAAUUAGAGCAGUAAAAAUAAAUGUUUUGUCAUACCUGUGGCAUACAGUCUAAUAUACCACGGCUGUCAGCCAAUAAGCAUUCAGGGCUUAAACCACCCAGUUUAUAAAUGACCAUAUAGACUUGCGUUGAUCCCUCCCAGGCAUAACUUAUGAAUUCCUAUUGUGUUGUUUAUCUGUCAGGUUACUAUGGCGAUAACUGCACAGACGUAUGUGCGCUAAACCCCUGCGAGCAUCAAUCAGCUUGCACCAGGAAGGCUAGCUCCUUCCGCGGCUACACCUGUGACUGUCCCAGCAACCACUUUGGCCAGUAUUGCGAGAAGAAGUUAGUAAAAUGUCUUAAUCUUUGGUAUACACAGAUAGUUUUGUGUUUUUGUCUCAAUCUUAUGUUUUUGGUCCACAUCACUAUAAAGAACACUAUCAGUGGGCCUCCCGAGUGGCGCAGCGGUCUAAGGCACUGCAUCGCAGGGUUGCGGCAUCAUUACAGCCUGGAGUUCGAUCCCAGGCUGUGUCACAACCGGCUGUGACCGGGAGUCCCAUAGGGCGGCGCACAAUUGGCCCAGCGUCGUCUGGGUUAGGGGAGGGUUUGUCUGGGGGGGCUUUACUUGGCUCAUCGCGCUCUAGCAACUCCUUGUGGCGGGCCGGGCACCUGCAGGCUGACUUCGUCGUCAGUUGAACGGUGUUUCCUCUGACACAUUGGUGCAGCUGGCUUCCGGGUUAAGCGAGCGGGUGUUAAGAAGCGCGGCUUGGCGGGUCAUGUUUCGGGGGACGCAUGACUCGACCUUUGCCUCUCCCGAGCCCGUUGGGGAGUUGCAGCGAUGAGACGAGAUCGUAAUCAUAAAAUUGGGGCGAAAAAGGAGGUAAAUAAUAAUAAUUUAAAAAAGAACACUAUCAGAAUGUGUCUCUGUGUAUCGGUUGUGUUUCUGACCAUGUCUGUCCCUCCUCAGGACUGACCUGCCUUGUCCCAGGGGUUGGUGGGGACAUAAGACCUGUGGUCCCUGUGACUGUCAGGCAGAUAAGGGCUUCGAUGCCAACUGCAACAAGACCAGCGGCGAGUGCCGCUGUAAGGUGAGCCAGCUGACUACUGAGUCUCAAUGUCAGGAUGUUUGAAGUGGACAGGGGCGAUGGGUGAAACUGCACUGUGGGCUGGUAUUUCAAUGACAAGGAAAAUGUACUUCUCUCUCUUUCAUCCCCUUUCCUCCCUCCCUUUUCUUUUCCCUCCCCCUCUAUCUCUCUAUCUCUCACGCUAUCCCUCUCGCUAUCCCUCUCUCCCUGCUCUCAGGAUAACCACUACCGUCCAGAGGGCAGCGAGGCGUGUCUGUUGUGUGAGUGUUACCCAGUGGGCUCCUUCUCACGGGCGUGUGAGAGGGAGAGCGGGCAGUGCCAGUGUAAGCCAGGGGUCAUCGGGCGCCAGUGUGACCACUGUGACAACCCCUUCGCUGAGGUGUCGCCCAACGGCUGCGAAGGUCAGCAUUACCAUACGUCACAUGACAGUAAAUAAUUACCAAAUGUCACAUGCUUCAGAAAUGUAUCUGUAGUCCAGACUGAUUCAUUUAGUACACUGAUUUAGUAAAUUAAUGUGAUUAGAUGGCCUUUUAAAAAGUGUUUUUUGCCAACAAACAUUAUUCAUUAAUUCUAUGUCAUGUGUACAGUUACACCUGGACAAUUAAUUUUAUCAGCUCUCCUGCUCUACCUCCUCUCUCUCGCUCUCCCUAUCUCUCUCCCCCUCUCUCCCUCUCCCUAUCUCUCUCUCUCCCCCUCUCUCUCUCCCCCUCUCUCCCUCCCCAUCUCUCUCUCUCUCCCUAUCUCUCUCCCCCUCUCUCCCUCUCCCCAUCACUCUCCCCCUCUCUCUCUCCCUAUCUCUCUCCCUCUCUCUCCAUCUCCCUAUCUCUCUCCCUCUCUCUCCCUCUCCCUAUCUCUCUCCCCCUCUCUCCCUCUCCCUAUCCCUCUCCCCCUCUCUCCCUCUCCCUAUCUCUCUCCCUCUCUUUCUCGCUCAGUGAUCUAUGACAGUUGUCCCCAGGCAAUAGAGGCAGGGAUCUGGUGGCCCAGGACUAAGUUUGGUCUCCCUGCAGCAGUCCCCUGUCCCAAGGGAUCUAUCGGUACGAUGACUCUCAGCGACUUAGCUAAUUACCAUACUAUAAUGGAAUAUACUAUACUAUGUACUAUAAUCACCAUAAUAUAAUGGAAUUGGUUUAAACUUGCCUCGGGUUCUUCCAGCAUGUUCCUUUCCUUUUGUCUGCCUCAUGCACAUUUCCCCCUUCUCCCAUUUCUCUCUCAGGCACUGCUAUUCGCCACUGUGACGAACACAAGGGAUGGCUGCCCCCCAACCUCUUCAACUGUACCUCUGUCACCUUCACCAAACUCAAGGCCCUGGUGUGUACAGCUCCUCUAGAGCUAGACUCAUUUACACCUCAUCAGCUCACAUUUAUAUGGAUCCAUUCACUUCAAUGACAUAUGCUAUUAAGUUGAAUGAUGAACUGAUUUAGUUAGGGCUUUUUAUUUUACCUUUAUUUUAGUCACCAUUGAGACCAAGGUCGCUUUUACAAGGGAGUCCUGCAUAUACACAAUUGACAAAAUACUAUAUAUAAAAUGGUGCUAUAAGACUGUUCUCUCUCUCCCUGGUCCAGUCGGAAAAGCUUGCCCGUAACGUGUCUCUCCUGGACUCUGGGCGGGUCCAGCAGAUGGCAGCCAUGUUGGCCAACGCCACGCUGCACACGGUGGAGUACUAUGGCAGUGAUGUGAAGGUGGCCUACCGCCUCACCCAGAGCCUACUGCAGUACGAGAGCAACCAGCAGGGCUUCAGCCUGACCGCCACCCAGGACGUCCACUUCACUGAGGUAACACAAUAACACACAACACUACGCAGCACAACACAAUGCUGCAGAGUGUAACACACUACCUGCAGUGCAGCAUAAGGCAACACAUGGCAGCGCAACACAGUUGAAUUCACAUGACCAGAGGAGGCUGGUGGGAGGAGUUUAGGAGGAAAGGCUCAUUGUAAUGGCUGGAUUGUAUAAUGGAACGGUAUCAACCACAUCAAACAUAUGGAAACCAAAUGUUUGACUCCGUUCCAUUAAUUCCAUUCCAGCCAUUACAAUGAGCCCGUCCUCCUAUAGCUCCUCCCACCAGCCUCCUCUGCACAUGACAGUACAACAUGCAUCUCAGAUAAACUCUGUAGGUAACUGAACAGAACACAACACUUGCCUCACACAACCCUAUGCCAGUCUGUCUCUCUGACCCCCUGCCCUCCUCCCCAUAUCAGAACCUGGUGCGGGUGGGCAGUGCCAUCCUGUCCCCGGGCACACAGCCACACUGGGAGCUGAUCCAGCAGACUGAGGGGGGCACGGCGGCCCUGCUGCACCAGUAUGAGGAGUACGCCAACACCCUGGCACAGAACAUGAGGAAGACCUACCUCAGCCCCUUCACCAUUGUCACCCCACACAUAGGUGAGUGUGGUCUACUUUGGUUUACACUAGGUAUAAACGAUAUGUUGGACAGAAACACACAAUAUGAUGUAGACCUGGGCUCUCCAACCCUGUUCCUGGAGAGCUGGUUGAUAAGCUGAAUCAGGUUAGUUACAGCUGGGGUUGGAGUGAAAACUUACAGGUGGGUAGCUCUCCAGGAACAGGGUUGGAGAGCCCUGAUGUAGACUGUUUAUCAGUUGGAAAAUAUUUGUUAAUUCUUCUUCUAUGAGAGUUGUAGGAUUCAAGAACUGAACAUCUAGCCAUCUAUCUCUUUGUAGUGGUUUGUCUGAUGUCUAACCUACCCUACCUGUGUUUGGUGUUCUCCACAGUCAUCUCAAUAGAUCGUCUCCAGAAGAUGAACUUUGCCGGAGCCAAGCUCCCUCGCUACCAGUCUCUGAGAGGGCUGAGGCCUCAGGAUCAGGAGACGGCCGUCACCCUCCCCGACUCCGUCUUCGAGCCGCCCAUGGAGACCAAGGGCCACCGCCAACUGGACACCUUCCCAGAAUCCUCUGUGAGAAACCACACGUCCAACAGGAAGAGGCGACAUCGAGGUCCUGACGACCCUGAGCAGGAGGCCAUCGCUAGUGUGAUCAUCUUCCACAGCCUGGCCUCGCUACUGCCUGCGAGCUACGACCCUGAUAAGAGGAGUCUGAGGUGAGACCGAGGGAGACAGGGACCUGAUUCCAUAUGACCCCUAGCCUCCUACCUCUAGAUACUUCACAUAGAUUUAAUUGGAUACAUACUAGUAAUAUGUUCCUUUUUCCAGUGGUAUUUCUGCUAUAUUGCUGAUCCUUUCAGAUCUACACAAAGGUCUAAGGCAGGGGUACACAAGUACUGUUUGAGAAGGUCUGGUCACACAAAUUGCCAGAAGGACCAGAUGGAUAUUUUAUCGUCGUAGUAACAAACCACCACCUCGCAACCCAUGCCAACCCCAAACUUUUCACACCCCUCUUGUUAGCGGAGAGAAAAUGUUGCAGUUUUGAAGAUAAUUUCCUGCAAUUGACACAUUUUUCCAUGUCUUAUGUGUGUUUAUAUGAUACCAGGGGUCGAAGCCCGACCAAGUUCCUAAUAAAUAAAGUAGCCUGUACUCGUGAUCCGUAAUUGACCCCUUCUGGGUCUGGAUCCAUACCGUGGUCUGUCAGUUGAGUAUGGAGGGUCUAGGGGUUAGGGGCCAAUUUGGAGUUGGAUAAAAUAAUUGAUGAGGAGGAAGAGAAAGUGGAAGAGCAGCAGCAAGGUUCCUGUUGAAGUAUUAUUUAGUGAUGGUUUUGUGUGACGUCCACCAGAGUGCCCAAGCGUCCAGUCAUCAACACCCCGGUGGUCAGCAUCACGGUCCAUGACAACGAGGAACUGCUGCAGCACACCCUGGACAAACCAAUCACUGUGCAGUUCCGCAUGGUCACCACCGAGGAGCGCUCCAAACCCAUCUGUGUCUUCUGGAACCACUCCAUACUGUGAGUUUUACACACACACACACACACACACACACACACACACUAGCUAUUUGAACUUUGAGCUGUAGAAACAAAGAUUUAAAAAAAGUUAUAUAAAGGAUUAGGUUGAAACCAAAUAAUCCAUCAUUGCAUUGUUUGACUGUUGUUUUUGUUGUUUGUCAGAGCGGGGAACGGAGGCUGGUCAGCCAAAGGCUGUGAGGUGGUGUUCAGGAACAACACUCACAUCAGCUGCCAGUGUUACCACAUGACCAGCUUUGCUGUUCUCAUGGACAUCUCUAGGAGAGAGGUGAGCGAGGCCACACCACUACACAACACACACAACACUAGACAGAACUACACUAUAUUUGUACAUUUUUUACACUUUAGUCAUUUAGCAGACGCUCUUAUCCAGAGCGACUUACAGUUAGUGAGUGCAUACAUUUUCAUAUAUGCUGUACGAUUCUAGACUUCACUUUAUAAACCUCACUCGGAAACAUCAAUGCACCUCAGACCACACCCUAUAGUGGUCUUGUUCACUAUAAUGACCAAACAAAGCUCUUCUUAAACUUUUCCUCCACCUUCCUCUUCCUCUUCCUCUCUUCCUUCUCAGAACGGUGAGAUCCUGCCGGUGAAGCUGGUGACGUGGAGCACGGUGGGCGUGACCCUGGGCUUCCUCUUCCUCACCACUCUCUUCCUCCUCUGCCUGCGGGCCAUGCACUGCAACAAGACCAGCAUCAUCAACAACGGAGCCACCGCCCUCUUCAUCUCCGAACUCAUCUUCAUCCUGGGCAUUAACCUGGCAGACAACCAGGUAAACUACUGGAACAAAGUUAUUCUCUGUCUACCUUUAAUACUGUAUUUUACCUCCUGUCACUCUCUAACUCGGUUCAGCACACCACUUUCAAUAUCCUACCUUCCCUCUCAUCUAUUUGGAAUAGGUGUCUGACAUAUGGAUCUGAUCAAAACAAAGGAAAAAGUAAUCAAAGCAUUCUGCCCACUUUGAGCCCUGUCAUAUACAGUAUAAUAAUUCCUUUCUCUCUCUCUCCCCCCCCUCCCCCUCUCUCUCUCUCUCUCUCCCCCCCCUCUCUCUCUCUCUCUCUCCCCCUCUCCCCCCUCUCUCUGUAUCUCUCUCCCCCCCUCUCUCUGUAUCUCGCCCUCUCUCUCUCCCUGUGUCUGUAGUUUGUGUGCACAGUCAUCGCUAUCCUGCUGCAUUUCUUCUACCUGUGCACCUUCUCCUGGCUCUUCCUGGAGGGCCUGCACGUCUACCGCAUGCUGAGCGAAAUACGAGACAUCAACUACGGACCCAUGCGCUUCUACUACAUGGUCGGCUGGGGCGUCCCUGCCUUCAUCACAGGUCUGAACAAUACACACAUCCUUACACACACACACACACACACACACACACACGGAUGGACCGACCCCAGGUGGUGAGGGUAGGCAACAUGGCCAUGCACGACUCCAACACCAUUAUCAAGUUUGCUGACGACACGACUGUCAUAGUCCUAAUUACUGGCGACGAUUAGACAGCCUACAGGGAGGAGAUCAGUGAUGGCAGUGUGGUGCCGGGAUAACAACCUCUCCUUCAAUGUCAGUAAGACCAAGGAACUGAUCGUGGACUACAGGAAACGGGGGCGUGCACGUCCCUAUCCACAUCGAUGGGGCUGCAGCGGAGCGUGUCGAGAGCUUCAAGUUCCUCGGUGUCCAAAUCACUAAGGACUUAAAAUGGUCCACACACACGCAAACAGUUGUGAAGAAGGUGCGACAACGCCUCUUCCCCCUCAGGAGGUUGAAAAGAUUUGGCAUGGUCCCUCAGAUCCUCAAAAGGUUAUACAGCUGCACCAUGGAGAGCAUCUUGACUGGCUGCAUCACUGCCUGGUAUGGCAACAGCACCACCCUCGAUCACAUGGCGUUACAGAGGGUAGUGCGUACGGCCCAGUACAUCACUGGGGCUGAGCUCCCUGCUAUCCAGGACCUCUAUAUCAGGCGGUGUGAAAGGAAGGUCCAGAAAAUUGUUAGACUCCAGCCACCCAAGCCAUAAACUGUUCUCUCUGCUUCCGCACGGCAAGCGAUACCGGUGUAUCAAGUCUGACACCAACAGGGUCCUGAAUAGCCAUAAGACUGCUAAAUAGCUACACAAACUAUCUGCUCUUCUUCUAUUUUAUUUAUAUUUUUGCACUGUCUAUACACACUCACUCUAGGCAUAUUCUACACACUCACACUCCAACACACACACACUUUGCUCACACACACAUUACACGCACAAACAUUCAUACUGACUCUACACACACACACACACACACUCGCAUACAAUCAUAUCCGCUGCUGUUACUCUGUUUAUCAUAUAUCCUGAUGCCUAGUCACCUUACCCCUAUACAUAUCUAACCCUACCACUCCAGUAUCCCUGCACAUUGUAAAUAUGGUAUUGGCACUGACCCUGGAACUGGCCCUGCAAAUAGCUUACUUACUUUCUCGUGUUCUUCCCAUUUAUAUUUCUUGUUUUGUUCUACUUGACUUUAUUAUUUUUAUAGUACUACUGAUAUUGAUUAAUGCAUUGUUGGGAAGGAGCAAGAAAGAAAGGCAUUUCACUGUACUAGUACACGUGACAAAAACUUGACACACACACAGAUGCACACACUAACCACACACAGACGCACACACUAACCACACACAGAUGCACACACUAACCACACACAGACGCAUGCUUGUAUACACAAACUUACACAAUGCCAACUCGUCAUUGUAUCCAAUUAGAAUGGUUGAAAGCCUUACUGUAGCUAUUUGAUAGUUACUGGUGUGUUUUGGUUGUUGUGUCAUCCAGGCCUGGCGGUUGGACUGGACCCAGAGGGUUAUGGGAACCCAGACUUCUGCUGGCUGUCCAUGUACGACACUCUUAUCUGGAGCUUGGCAGGGCCCAUCGCCAUGGUGGUGUCUGUGAGUACACUCCACCUCCUCGUCAGAUCUCUAAUACAGUGUAUUGUAUGAUAUUUAUAUGAUAGGGUUGUAUAUUAGUAUGCCUUUAUGUUAUACAGUAAUAUAUAGUUGAAUUAUAUUUUGUGUUUUCCAGAUGAACAUCUUCCUGUACAUCCUGGCCUCCAGAGCAUCCUGCUCAAUAAGACACCACAGCUUUGAGAAGAAAGAGCCCCCUAUGUGAGUGUCCUGCCCGCCGCUGCCUGAAUAAAUACUACACUCAUUCUGUCAUUAACACAGGCAUGAUGUUGUACCCCAAGGGUACAUGACUACAGCACUUUAGAGACCACAAUAGAGUGCAUUAUAUCAUUGAAUGGAGAGUGAAGCUGCUGAUGUUGUUGUUGGCUCAUGAUGGAUUGCAUAAAAGUCAAAAACAUAUUUCUCUAACCUCAGAAAACUCACUUAUCCUAAUGUAACCUUUGUGAUGUUAUCAUCUUACGUGUGUCUGUCUGUCUGUGUCUAGCUCCGGGCUGAGGACGUCAUGUGGGGUUCUCCUCCUGGUCACUGUAACAUGUCUGUUAGCUAUACUCUCAGUCAACAGUGACAUGAUCAUCUUCCACUACUUGUUUGCUGGAUUCAACUGUCUUCAGGUAAACACUGUUUUUUCUCUCAAUUAAACCAGGAAUUAAAGACACUGGUUUGACUGUCAGUAUCCUUGCUCCAUUGGUUUGACUUUGUUUGACUUCCUUUGGUCUGUCUAUCCCAGGGUCCCUUCAUCUUCUUCUUCCGCAUUGUCUUCAACAAGGAGGCGAGGAACGCCAUGCGCUACUGCUGCAGCCGCAAACGCCCGGAUCACAUGAUCAAGUCCAAGCCCUCGGUAAAUCUCUCACUGUAUAGGGACACCAGUCAUCCAAGGCCUAGUACAGACAUGCACAGCUGUAGGCCUCCAUCAUGGCCUUUAGGUUUGGACUUAUAUUACUAAGGACAUUAACUGAAGCACCAAACAAAUAAAACAGAAUUUGAUAUGAUGACUUACUGCCUACUAACUUAUACCUCUCCUAUUUUCUUCAUCUCCUCCUCCUCCUCCUCCCCCAGUCAUAUAACUGUAACACCAGCUACAUGGAUGGCAGACUGUACCACCUGCCGUUUGGAGACUCUAGUGUGUCUCUGAACGACACCCUGCAGAGCGGCAAGAGCCAGCAGAGCUAUGUCCCCUUUGUCCUCAGGUACGGCAAGCACAGAGGGACACAACAGGCCCCAUUGACACACGCUGUUUAGGACCUCCUGCAUCAUUGUGUGCUAGGAAAAGUGUACUUUACAAGUUAAUUGAAAGUGUUUGUGUUUUAUGAUGGUCAUUAUUAUGUACUGUAAUAGAAAUAGAACAGCCCUUUCAAAGCCACAUACUAACUUACAUUGAGGAGAGCAAGGCUUUGUCUGUCCUGUUACAAGUCCUGUUGUGUUUUUCAGGGAUGAUGGUGGCCUGAAUAACAGCCAGGUACACAUCGCUCUGAACGAGCACGGCUCACUCUUCCAUGAAACUAAAGAGCAAUUAGAUGGUAGGUCUCCCAUUUUUAAUGUCACUGUGAUCACUGUGGCUGCCUUUAGCAGCUUUUGGUGCAUAGCUCAAACACAGAGAGGCAUACAGAGUAUUCAUUUCAUAUGGUCAAUGUAUGUACAGUGGGGGAAAAAAGUAUUUAGUCAGCCACCAAUUGUGCAAGUUCUCCCACUUAAAAAUAUGAGAGAGGCCUGUAAUUUUCAUCAUAGGUACACGUCAACUAUGACAGACAAAUUGAGAAAAAAAAAUCCAGAAAAUCACAUUGUAGGAUUCUUAAUGAAUUUAUUUGCAAAUUAUGGUGGAAAAUAAGUAUUUGGUCACCUACAAACAAGCAAGAUUUCUGGCUCUCACAGACCUGUAACUUCUUCUUUAAGAGGCUCCUCUGUCCUCCACUCGUUACCUGUAUUAAUGGCACCUGUUUGAACUUGUUAUCAGUAUAAAAGUCACCUGUCCACAACCUCAAACAGUCACACUCCAAACUCCACUAUGGCCAAGACCAAAGAGCUGUCAAAGGACACCAGAAACAAAAUUGUAGACCUGCACCAGGCUGGGAAGACUGAAUCUGCAAUAGGUAAGCAGCUUGGUUUGAAGAAAUCAACUGUGGGAGCAAUUAUUAGGAAAUGGAAGACAUACAAGACCACUGAUAAUCUCCCUCGAUCUGGGGCUCCACGCAAGAUCUCACCCCGUAGGGUCAAAAUGAUCACAAGAACGGUGAGCAAAAAUCCCAGAACCACACAGGGGGACCUAGUGAAUGACCUGCAGAGAGCUGGGACCAAAGUAACAAAGCCUACCAUCAGUAACACACUACGCCGCCAGGGACUCAAAUCCUGCAGUGCCAGACAUGUCCCCCUGCUUAAGCCAGUACAUGUCCAGGCCCGUCUGAAGUUUGCUAGAGUGCAUUUGGAUGAUCCAGAAGAGGAUUGGGAGAAUGUCAUAUGGUCAGAUGAAACCAAAAUAUAACUUUUUGGUAAAAACCCAACUCGUCGUGUUUGGAGGACAAAGAAUGCUGAGUUGCAUCCAAAGAACACCAUACCUACUGUGAAGCAUGGGGGUGGAAACAACAUGCUUUGGGGCUGUUUUUCUGCAAAGGGACCAGGACGACUGAUCCGUGUAAAGGAAAGAAUGAAUGGGGCCAUGUAUCGUGAGAUUUUGAGUGAAAACCUCCUUCCAUCAGCAAGGGCAUUGAAAAUGAAACGUGGCUGGGUCUUUCAGCAUGACAAUGAUCCCAAACACACCACCCGGGCAACGAAGGAGUGGCUUCGUAAGAAGCAUUUCAAGGUCCUGGAGUGGCCUAGCCAGUCUCCAGAUCUCAACCCCAUGGAAAAUCUUUGGAGGGAGUUGAAAGUCCGUGUUGCCCAGCGACAGCCCCAAAACAUCACUGCUCUAGAGGAGAUCUGCAUGGAGGAAUGGGCCAAAAUACCAGCAACAGUGUGUGAAAACCUUGUGAAGACUUACAGAAAACGUUUGACCUGUGUCAUUGCCAACAAAGGGUAUAUAACAAAGUAUUGAGAAACUUUUGUUAUUGACCAAAUACUUAUUUUCCACCAUAAUUAGCAAAUAAAUUCAUUAAAAAUCCUACAAUGUGAUUUUCUGGAGAAAAAAAAUCUCAAUUUGUCUGUCAUAGUUGACGUGUACCUAUGAUGAAAAUUACAGGCCUCUCUCAUCUUUUUAAGUGGGAGAACUUGCACAAUUGGUGGCUGACUAAAUACUUUUUUUCCCCACUGUAUAUCUGUACAACACUCAUUGGUCAUCAUCUUAACUUGUGUGUGUGUGUGUGUGCAACAACAGAUCACGACUCAGACUCGGACAGUGACCUGUCUCUGGAGGAUGACCAGAGCGGAUCUUACGCCUCCACACACUCCUCUGACAGCGAGGAGGAGGGGCCCUAUCCACCAGGGGAAUGCUGGGAAAGCAUGGCAUCCAAUGUGUCCAAGAGACCACACCCUCAGGGUAUGACCUCACGUCUAUAAUACACCCAGUCACCCACACAAUAUAAACUCUAUACGACCUCACACCUAUAAUACCUCACUGUCAGUAGACCACACCCAGGCGGUAUGUGACCACAGCCCAAUGCAGUAACCCUUUUGAUAAUACCGCUCCCACACUUCUGCUUAAACAUUACACCACACCCAAACAUCACACACAGACCAGACAAAUCUUCAAUCGACUACACCUACACUGUACACAAUUGUCUGGGUAUAAAUAAAUCUACUUCUGAGCAGUACAUGAAUGUUAUGAAUCUUACUUAAACAUGUAUAAAUAAGACCUGAAUUACCCAAUUCUGGUCUUGUAAGACCACAACUUACACCAUGAUGUAAUGCAUCAAGCAUUUAAAAUGUAGUCUUAAAGUUGUCUGGUUGUUCUCCAGAUAACAACCUGAGUAAGCUGUACUGGCCAGGGGAGUAUGUGUCGACGGCUAGCGACAGUGAGGGCCUGGGGGGAGAAGGUAGGCUGAAGGUAGAGUCUCUGGCCAACCCUGAACUGGGCCAGACCCGGGACCACCGAGGCAUGCCAGACGACAGGCCAGGGGACAAGGCAGAGGGCUAUGGGAAGGACAACGUGAUGCUGCUGCCCAGUCUGCCCAACCUCAACGCACACCCACAGAAAGGUCAGCAACAAACCCAAACAUCUACACUGCUGCAACAUUCCAUAUGUUGUUGUUAGUUCCACUCUAUAUCUUUGUAGUGGUUGGCUUUCCAGAACUUCGAAAACAUUUAUGAUAGGAUCUCUUUUCAAAUUCAGGAAUCCUGAAGAAGAAGCAGCUCUCCCCCAUUGCAGAGAGAAAUAGUAUCAACCGCAUCCAUAACGAGCUGUCGGAGAAUGCUCCGGGCCAUGCCUCCUCCCAGGGCUCCUCUUCCAGUGAGAGCCGAGGGGGCGGGGCCAAGCCCAGCCUACCAGAUCAGCUGAAUGGUGUCGCCAUGAGCAUCAAGGCGGGGACAGUGGACGGUGACUCAUCAGGGUCAGAGUGAGUGUCAUCACAACACAAAACAAAACAUGACCCAGGUCCAAACAUAAUACCCAGAAUACACCGCUCUGUCUGAACACAACCCAGUGCAGAUCACAAACACAGCAACACAUACAGUACAAUACAAUGUCAUAGAAUCAAAGCAACAGCCAUUAGAUAGAAGUUGAGAGAUUUCUUAGUACUUAUGUAUUGAAAUGUUGCUUUAUGUGUUGGUGGAUACUGUAUGUCAUAUUUUCUGCUCACCGGUCUACCAGUUUGAUGUGAAAGAAUUGAUGUCCCACUGAAUGUGUCUUGCUGCUGUCUUCUGUGUGUGUCGUGCCCCCGUCACCAUUGUGUGUAGUCUGUCCCCUGUUCUUUGCCUAUGUAGUGUUGAAUUUAGCAUGCUAGCUUGUUAAAAGUCCAAUACAUAGAGUACUGGUCACAUUCUCAUCGAUGAGCUCAGACACCGAUGUGGAAAGAUGUCAAACAACUUCCAUGAUCAGGUGAUUUUAUCGUAUUGGGAACAAAAUACAGUAUUUUAAAAAUACUGUUAGUUCCAUAAACAAAGGGACUUGGUAAAAGCUAAUUUUGAUGUGUUAUACACACUGUUUGGAACCAUUACAUAAACUGCUAGAUACAAGUGUCUCUAAUAGUGAGGAAAUAUCAUUUUAUUAUGACCAGUGUCUACAGUGCAGAGUAUUGUAGCUUACUAACCAUCCUUCUCUGUCCUUUCUCUCUCUCUCUCUCCAAAAACAUAGAUUCCUAUUCUUUAAUUUUAUUCACUGAAGCACUUGAUCCUCAUUUGAAAUCAGGAUCACGGUCUUCUUAUCGAUCGAUCAUUCAGUAUCCUUCACCCCAUAUAACCAAAAUAAGAAUCCCAUAUAAUUUGGUUAUCACCUCUUACACUGUGCAUACAGUGGGGAAAAAAAGUAUUUAGUCAGCCACCAAUUGUGCAAGUUCUCCCACUUAAAAAGAUGAGAGAGGCCUGUAAUUUUCAUCAUAGGUACACGUCAACUAUGACAGACAAAAUGAGAUUGUUUUUCUCCAGAAAAUCACAUUGUAGGAUUUUUAAUGAAUUUAUUUGCAAAUUAUGGUGGAAAAUAAGUAUUUGGUCAAUAACAAAAGUUUCUCAAUACUUUGUUAUAUACCCUUUGUUGGCAAUGACACAGGUCAAACGUUUUCUGUAAGUCUUCACAAGGUAUUCACACACUGUUGCUGGUAUUUUGGCCCAUUCCUCCAUGCAGAUCUCCUCUAGAGCAGUGAUGUUUUGGGGCUGUCGCUGGGCAACACGGACUUUCAACUCCCUCCAAAGAUUUUCUAUGGGGUUGAGAUCUGGAGACUGGCUAGGCCACUCCAGGACCUUGAAAUGCUUCUUACGAAGCCACUCCUUCGUUGCCCGGGCGGUGUGUUUGGGAUCAUUGUCAUGCUGAAAGACCCAGCCACGUUUCAUCUUCAAUGCCCUUGCUGAUGGAAGAAGGUUUUCACUCAAAAUCUCACGAUACAUGGCCCCAUUCAUUCUUUCCUUUACACGGAUCAGUCGUCCUGGUCCCUUUGCAGAAAAACAGCCCCAAAGCAUGAUGUUUCCACCCCCAUGCUUCACAGUAAGUAUGGUGUUCUUUGGAUGCAACUCAGCAUUCUUUGUCCUCCAAACAUGACGAGUUGAGUUUUUACCAAAAAGUUCUAUUUUGGUUUCAUCUGACCAUAUGACAUUCUCCCAAUCCUCUUCUGGAUCAUCCAAAUGCACUCUAGCAAACUUCAGACGGGCCUGGACAUGUACUGGCUUAAGCAGGGGGACACGUCUGGCACUGCAGGAUUUGAGUCCCUGGCCCGUCCGGCGUAGUGUGUUACUGAUGGUAGGCUUUGUUACUUUGGUCCCAGCUCUCUGCAGGUCAUUCACUAGGUCCCCCCGUGUGGUUCUGGGAUUUUUGUUCACCGUUCUUGUGAUCAUUUUGACCCCACGGGGUGAGAUCUUGCGUGGAGCCCCAGAUCGAGGGAGAUUAUCAGUGGUCUUGUAUGUCUGUGAGAGUCAGAAAUCUUGCUUGUUUGUAGGUGACCAAAUACUUAUUUUCCACCAUAAUUUGCAAAUAAAUUCAUUAAAAAUCCUACAAUGUGAUUUUUUGGAUUUUAUUUUCUCAAUUUGUCUGUCAUAGUUGACGUGUACCUAUGAUGAAAAUUACAGGCCUCUCUCAUCUUUUUAAGUGGGAGAACUUGCACAAUUGGUGGCUGACUAAAUACUUUUUUUCCCCACUGUACGUGUGUGUGUACGUACUUGUGUGGGUGAAUCAUUCUUAUUCAUUGUUUUCUGUUCCUUCUGUUUUCCCCCUGUGUUGUGUAACGUUUGUCGCCCCCCCCCUCCCAUUUUCCCAGCAGCCACCGCAACACCUCCAUAUGAACCGGCUGACGGAGGGGUGUGUCUUUGCAGGUCAUAGAGCCUCGCCUCUCAUCGCCAUGCUUACUUUUCUCUGAGUGACAGGAGCUUAUGUCUGAGACACAGAGAGCGUUGGACUGUCCUCACCUGGAGAUCCAUGGAGUACCCUCUCUCUUCCCCCAUGUUUUUCUCUGCAUGUGUAUGAGAAUGUGUGUGUGCGCGCGUGCAUGAGAAUGUGUGUGUGUGAGAGUGCCAAAACCUCAGGAGUCUCUGCAAGGGCACAGGCUCGAGCGCACUGAUGGAAUGAGUCUCUCUCUCUCUCUUUAAAUCAUUGUUUGUUUACAUACUUGAAGCGAUGCACUUUUAAAAAUAAUUUACACUGCCCGGUCAGAUGUGCUGGUAGUCAAUUGGAGCUGAUUUUCAUUUUUGUUGUUGUUUAUUGUGGUUGUUUUUAUGUUUCAAACUCCGGAGAUUAAGAACAAUGAAGUCCUCCUUUGGCUGGGUCAUUUAGCUGUAAGAUUUUAAAAGUUCAGGGAAUUUCCUCAUCAAGCUUAACUAGUUUGUAAUUUCAGAAAGGGUCACCUGUACAGUUGUUUUGUUCAAGGAUUUAGUUAUUCUACUGAGGGCUGAGGUCAAUUUGAGUUUUGCUGUAGAGAGAACUCACUUCUCCACUCUAGUCUCAGGAAGCUGCCAGCCUGAGCUGGUGGACAGGAAGAGCAGUCAGUCCAAAAUGUCCUUAGACUGAACAGGUCUCUACAGAGGAGAGGGACAGAGAGAUGAACAGCUCCACCCAGCUGAGGUCAAACCACUACACUGUGUUCUGCACUGGAGGAAAGGACUCCUGUUGGAAGUGUGGCUGGAGAACUGGGUUGUGGACAGUGAAGCCAUGGGGUCACUCGGGUCAUGCCCCG